UUAGCCUCGCAUGUGACCAAUUUUGAUUAAUCUGCAUCACGUGCAGGGAUUUUCCCCUAUGGGCGCACGCUUCAAUUUGUCCUGAACACAUGAGGUCCUGUCGCUAGGCAACGGGUGCAAACUUUACCGGGAGCUAGGUAAGCACAACACAGCCUGAUAAGAAACAUGCUGUGUUUUUAACACCGUUUGCCAGUGAUUUCAGUGGUUUACAUGCAAGAAACCCACAAUGUCCAAGGCCCCUAAGAAAAAGGACGUCUCCUCCAGUCGAGUUACUUCGUCCCCAGGGCAGACACCGAAUAAAGAAGCCUCUUCUCUGGUGACCAGUACGUCAGAGGCCCUAGGGGACCUAAGGAAGAGGGUCCCGAUCUGGCCCGAGUGGAACGAGGCAGAGCUCAACGCAGAGAAAUGGGACGCGUCCAAAAGCAAAGAUUCCAAGGGUGGCAAGGGCUCCAAUACACAAUUCUUUGAAGAUCCAGAGGGGAAGAUUGACCUGCCCACGUCUCUUAAGGUCCACUCAUGGAAACGUCCCUCGGAGUACCUUGUCAAGGUACCUAUGGUGGUGGAGAAUGAGACAGCCUUCGACCUGACCACAGCCAAUGAGCACCUGCUGUGCAGCGAGCUGAUGCGAUGGAUCAUCAGUGAGAUCUAUAUCCUGUGGAAAGCGUGCAACGGCCGCGGUGGCACCGAAGACAAGGCUGUCUCCGCGGAGAUGACCCCUAGCACUUGGAAACCGUGGGAACACAUCUACUCCUUGUGUAAGGUGGUGAAGGGUCACCAGCCACUGUACAACCCCUAUGGCAAAUACAUCCUCAAACUCUAUUGGAUGGGAGCCUGGAGGAAGGUAACCAUUGACGACACUCUGCCGUUUGACGAAGAAAACAAGCUGCUUCUUCCAGCCAGCACCGACCAAUCAGAGCUCUGGCCCAUGCUGCUGGCCAAAGCCCUCAUCAAACUGGCCAAUACCGAUGUAAUCCCAGGGAACAGGAGAGAACUGGGCGAGUUCACCAUCAUUCAUACUCUCACUGGCUGGGUCCCGGAGAUAAUCCCCCUCAACACACGGUGUGUGGGCGCUCUGUGGACUUUCCUGAGAGAGGCCAUCCCUCGUUUCCAGCUGAAGGGGGAGGGAAGUGCCCACUUCCCUGAAGUGAGGAAUUCCAUAGUAAACGACUGCACAGACUCCCUCAACAGCGUCAAAAACAAGACUCCCGAGAAACAGAAAGAUUCAGCAAAGAAAAAGGGGAAGGACACAGACCAUGACAGGAAGUCACACACUCCUGUCACUACCAGUUGCCAACCCAUGAACAGUGAUACUGCUGAAAAUGUGAUGGUAUGUGCCAGUUAUCUGCCUCUGCAGAUCCUGGAGAAGACGACCUCAGAGUUGGGAAAGAUGGCGGACUCCUCUGAGUGUCUGCGUCAGUGUGGCCUUUCUCAGCUCUUCAGUGUCCCAGUGCUGGUUACACGCACACGUGUCGGCCCUGUGGUGGCCCUGCCCACUCCCAUAGCCAUCCCCCGCUGGAAACUCAUCCGUCCACGCCGGCAACACCUACCCACUGACGAGCCUAAAGUGCCUCCUGUAGUGAAGCCAGAGGAGUUCAUAGAGGUUGUCAGUCCCUUUUUAAACUUUCGACUGAAGACCUUGGCAACAGAGAUGCGCAAGAAGCAAACUUAUAACUCCGCCUUGGCAUCGUUUACGGAACAGGACGAGAGUGAACGGGAGAUCAUCACUGACAGCCUCCAGUCGGAGCAGGCAGAUGCCGGGGAGCCUGCCGAGGUUACAGCAGAGGACAAGAAAAAGGACGAGAUACCACCCUCUGACCAGACGGCGAGUGACACCCAGUCCACACCAGUGGCCACCCCCCCGCCUGUGUGUCCGUCUGAGAAGCCUUUGCUGCAGGACACCUGGGUGCCUCUGGAACACUUCACCAACUGCUUUCAGACUCUGCUGGUGUUUCACAAACCCAGUGCCUAUCCACAUCACUCUCAGAAAUCGCAGUAUAAGAGCUCAGUUUCCUCCAGGCUGUCUGCUAUAGCACUCUCUAGCCCUGCUGCGGCCAGAAGGUCACAGUCUCCAGAGGAAAAAGGCUCGUACUUCCUGGUUGUGGACAGCCUGCAGCCCACAGAGAUCCUCAUCAGCUUCUCAGCUCUGCUGCACUGGGGAGAGAACCAGGAGGAGAGGAAGAAGGAGCUUCCGUUCCGUUCUGGUGUUCUGACAGCGGAGCCGUUCUCCUGGAAGAGCCUGAAGUACCAGCUGCCUAGCCUCUGCAUACACACCACUGCCUGCAAAGGAGCUAUGCUGAAGCUGCAGCCUGGGCGUCAUGUCUUGUGUUUCCAGAUGAGGGCGGUGUUGGGUUCCCAUGUGCACCUGUACAGCCAGACCCCGUUCAUUUUCGGAGACGAGGAGAUGGUUAUGCCUGUCCUCACCAAGGAGAGUGUGUGUUUCAUGGAGCAGGCUGUGUGUGCAGCACGCGCUCUGGGUCGGGUGGUCAGCUCUUUCUCCAGUAACUCAGAGCGCCAGGCAGCCACCCAGGCUCUCACCAACACACACUUCCCCCCAAAGUCACCCCGCGCUGCUGCAGGGGAACAUAUGAAGGUGUUCAGUGAAGCCGUCUACGAGAUGUUCUCCAGGGCUUUGGACCGCAAGCUGAGCUCCUGGGAGCUGUUGGCCGUGCAAGCCCUCACCCUCCAGCCCUGUCUGGCACACGCACACACACACACACACUCACACACACACACACUGGCCCCGGAGCAGGCAGAGCAGCCGGGCGCGUGGUCCGAGCGCAGUCCCACGGAGGCAGAGAGCCGGGCCGCCGUGACCCUGCAGGCUGGCUGUCGGGGGUACACGGCACGGAGGAUCGUCAAAGCUGCACGCCCAGGCACCAAAGAGAAUUUGAACGCUGCCAAGACGUUGCAGGAAAUGUGGGCAUCUGUAGAAACAGAUCUGAAGAAACACGCCAUCUCCUUGUUGGGGUACAUGUUGGGUGAGAGCCCGUGCUGUGUGGAUCUGUCCAGCUGCAGGGAGGACGAGAAGAGCAGGAUCAGCUUCAGUGAUCACUCCGUUCCUCUGCCCGAAACGCCAAACACGUGGGCACUCGUGUUCAGGGAGGUGUUUUUCAUCCCUAAGGACACACUGCUGGUGGCUAAGGUGUACUCCCCUGUGGUGUCUGCACUGCAUGUAAUCAACAAUGAUACAGGAGAGGAGGUGCCCAAAGUCUUCCGCCGGGUAGAGCCCCACGUCUACAAGAACAACCAGAAUGGUUACACGUUUGUAGCAGAGGCUCACACAGGUGAGGUGCCCAGCGGUCGCUGGCGGAUGUGUCUGAUUGGCUGUCGGCAGCCACUGCCAGUCCCUGCCCGAGAGACGCCUGUCAGCAGCUUCUGUGUGAAGGAGUUUAAAGACUACUACAUACCCAAUGACAAAUACAUCAUAUGCAGGUUCUCUGUGAAGGCGAGUGUGGACGUGGUGGGGACGGUGCAGUUCCAAACGUCCGUGCCCUACGCCCACCUGCGUCUGACUGUGCUGAACCACGAGACCACCCUCACAUCCACAACUGGCAAAGGCCAUGUGCUCAUCCCUGUGUUUACAUUCAGAGCCGAUGCAGACUCUGAGGAGAGCCAGACGGGGGAGGACACACUCCCCGAGACGGACAUACUCUCGGAGGCGCCGUCACACACACACAAGUACAUCGUACAGGUGGAGCUGCUCCAUCGGACCUGGGCCGUGAGCGAGGCCGAGGCCAACUUCAUCCAGACGCUUCGCCAUGCCGAGAAGAACGACAUGAGAGUCUCACCUUUCACCACAGUGGGCGCAGACAAGCAGGAUGACCUGACCACGCCCACAAACACCGACCAAUCCAGCAGCGAGGGCCAGAAGUCGUCGACGCCCAAGUCCACCCGGAAGGCCCGAGAGAAGGAGAAGGAGAAGGACAAGGAGAAGGACAAGGAUAAGGAGAAGGUUGUGUCCAGAGUGGAGCAAGCUUUGGACACGAGCAAGCCGCAUUGGACAUUGCGUGUGGUGUGUGAGCAGACGGAAGCAGAGAGUGUGUGUGUGAAGAGAGACACGGAAAGACAGGAGCAGAUCAAAGCCCUGAAGAUGGCCUGGGAGAGCGCAGACACGGGCAGAGCUGUUAAGGCCCUGCAGUCUCGUCUGCAGUUUAUAAAUAAACAUGUGCGUGGGUUGACUGGAGAUAGACCAACAGAUGGAACAGACCAAAGAGAGUCCGUUUCCCAACAGUCUCCUGAUUUUACCAUCAGACAGUUUACUCCCAUGGACUACACACCCUAUAUAAGGCACACCCGUUCGCAGCCUCUCCUGAAGGAUGCGGACAUUGAGGAGCGUCAGCAGGUGGAACGUUCCGAGCGGAUCCAGGAGUUCCGUCUGCAGCGAGACAUGGUUCUAGAGCGCCGCAAGCAGGAGAUCAUCAUGCGGCAUGAGCUCAAGAGACGCCAGAUCGAGCUCUAUGAUGGUAUACAGGUCUGUCUGUCUGAGCAGAGGCAGCGUGUGCUGGAGGCUCGCGAGGAGUUCCACUGCCGCCUGCUGGAGGAGGAGGAGCAGCGGCGCAAGGAGGAGGUGGCCUGCGAGGCCCAGCGCCAGUUGGACCUGGAGAAGAACCAGGCGCAGGCCGCCACCACCCGCAAGAGCGCCGGCAAGAAGAAGUGACCCCAUUGCCCCCCCCUCCCCACGGCCACAGUGGCGUGUCAUCUUUAGAGGGGGUCUCACUCCCGUGGCUCAUAUUGCAGGUCCUCUGCUUCUCUUUCAUACACAGUGGAAACGCUCCAGAAACUCUUAUUUAUAAAAAGGGAAUAGUCCAACACUUACUAUGGAAGUCUACCUAGAUUCUGUAUAUACGCUUGUGUUUGUCAGUCUGCAAGUCCUUGUUUGUUUGAUGUGACUGUAAAUGCUUAUAGGUAUAUGUGUGUGUGUGUGUAUACAUUUCACAAUAGGCGUUAUGUUUAUGUGAGUGUGUAUUCUGCUCUGGGUGCAGGAAAAUUCAAAGAUCAUUUGUAGAACACUUAUUGAGGUCUGUGUGAACUUAAAUAAGGUAUGGUUGAAUCGUUGUGAUUGGCUGAUAAAAAAUGACUUCAUUGCCACACCCAUGAAUUACUCAACCCAUGUCUGCUUGGUAGCGCCCCUGCUUUGUGUCAAUGAAAUGAGCACAUAUAGGUGUCCUGCCUAUUCUCACUGUGUGGUUGCUCAUGUGAGAGGCCCGUCCACAGUGCUUGGGGCCCUAUGACAUUAGGGCCCAUUAUAUUUAUAUAAGUGUGUAUUCUGCUCUGGCUGCAGGUACAUUUAAAGAGAACCUGUGGAUACAAUUCACCUAUUGACUUUGAAAGCUACCUUUUGAUUGUUUUUUUUCUUCUGAUAUCUAUUCUACAGCAGUCACUGAGUCUCUCCCCUUGUCUCUCUCUCUCUCACUCACUCACUCAGACAUAUACACACACACACACACACACUCUUAUUCCACAAAAUGAGUUUUUGUUGUUGCUGACUAUCAGAUUUGUAUGGGUUUGAUUCUGUGUUGGGCGGUGAAAGCCACAGCUCCUCAUACAAGCCAAACCAACCAGCAGCCAAUAAAGUUCCCGUAAGUGUCCUAAAA